AUGCACCUAGGCACUAGUAGGCAUGGUAUCUACCAAAUCAAUGAGCCCUGGCUUGAUGGAGUACCGGGCGUGACUCAGUGGGCGACGGCACCACGAGACAAUUACACCUAUCGCUUCACACCUCAAGGUCAAUACGGUAGCUAUUUUUAUCAUGGGCAUUUCGGGCCGGCAUUCUCAGACGGUCAACGAGGUCCUCUGUGGAUCACACCAGCGGACUGGCGGCCUCGGCCAUAUCAUUUGAUCUCUGAUGAUGACCAUGAUAUUCAAGCCAUGCGAAAAGCAGAGAAAGAUCCCCGGCAUAUCAUCAUCGCUGACUGGAAUGACCAGCCGAUGGACAUGUAUCUGAUUCGGUUCCGUGAUACCGGGUAUAUACCGAUCUGUGCUAACAGCCUUACUCUGAAUGCGAAGGGCGGAACAAGAUGUGAAUCUGCUAAAGAUAUUGAGGAGGCUGGUGGACCAGACCGCAACGAGCGAGGCUGCCGAUACAAAAUUCCAGGCCACCAGUACACGAACAUUGAGUAUUGUACCGCGACGCAACCGGAACUAGAGGUAGUGCAGGCUGAGCCCGGCCAAGAGUGGAUCUGGAUCAACUUCAUCAACUCUGGGGCACAUCACUCAAUGAGUGUCAGCAUCGAUGACCAUGAGAUCUAUGUCGUUGCAGCCGACGGUGAAUUCGUGCACCCUCAGAAGGUCGUCCGAACUCAUGCAAAUCUUGGUGAAAGAACAAGGCACGUCAUCCUUGUGCGUCUGAACAAGACUCCUGGUGAUUACGCUUUGAGAUUGCAUUCGAUCCGGGACGAGCAGAUUAUCCAGGGGGCUGGAAUACUCCGUUACCCCACACUGAAGCGUUUUCAGGAUCUUUCAGCGCAGUCCAAUCGCACCGUUCCAGACACAAAGCCGUGGCUUCACUUGAACGGCAGCGUCGUCGAUCCUACGCAUAAAGUCAUGGACGAGACGAAGCUCGCGCCUUACCCCCCACGACUGCCACCCCAAAAAGCUGACUUUAGCCUUAAGUUCAUGGUGAACAAGACGGGACCCUCGACUUGGGUGCUGAACGCGGCACCGCACGAGUUCUUCAGGCAGAACGCACCGCCCAUCAUGUGGAACGAGAUCUCCCGCGGUGAGACUUCGUGGGGUAACGCGCACGGCUUCCUCAAGAAUGGGUCCGUCGUGGAUCUCAUCAUCGAGAACGGGGCCGAUAUCGACUCCACCCACCCGUUCCACAAGCACAACCACAAGGUCUGGGUCAUUGGCCAGGGCCGUGGCGGCUUCCGCUGGAAGGACGUCGAGGAGGCGGUCACAGGCGGCGGAUCCGAGUACUUCAACUUGGUCAACCCGCCGUAUCGUGAUGGCUUCACCUUGUACGGUGGAGAGGGUAACUUUGUCGUGGUUCGAUAUGAGAUCGCCUUCCCUGCAGUAUCAAUGCUACACUGUCACAUGAUUCAUCAUUUUGCGAGUGGGCAGCAGGUCAUUUUGCUGGAAGGCAUGGAGGUCAUGCCCCCUGUCCCUCAGGAAUUGAAAGACAAGCCCCAUGUCGAAUUUCAGUUUCCGCCACGUUACGGUCCUUUGGACUGA